AUGGACUCCUGCUCACUGGACUGGUUUGCGGUGACUUCUAUUUUUGAAAGCCUACUAGAGCGUAUCAAAGUUGAUUUUCCAAACGUGAAAAUAGUAUGUGUUCGUUCUGACGAGGCAGGCUGCUAUCACACUACCGACCUCCUUGCAGCAAUCCAUGAUGUAAGUGAUCGUUCUGGAAUUGCGGUUGAACGCUACGACUUUUCUGAGCCUCAACAGGGUAAGGACGUAUGUGAUAGAGUUCUUUGCCCAACCAAGACAUCAAUCAGGAGAUACUGCGCUGAAGGGAACGAUAUUUUUAACGCAUCUGAUAUGAGGAAAGCUUUGGAAGAGAGGCCAGUUAAGGGUACAACAGCAGCUGUCUGCACUUUAGAUGAAUCCAGUGAAAAUCUUAAGGUACUGAAAAUCAAAAUCUUCAGUGAUUUGCAUAAAUUUCAAUAUGAAAAAGAAGGAUUGCGUACCUGGAGAGCCUACGAUGUCGGUCCUGGGAAGCUCAUACAAUGGAAGUUCGUAUAUGUAAAACAUCAAGGAACGACCAACAUAUCAUUAGACGAAGGACACAGUUUCUUCAAAUUCAGUGAAACAAGACAGCUAUCACUCAAAAACGACCAAGAAACUCCAGAAAACACGAUUGACAAUGAUAAUCAGCCACCGCUAUUUGUUUGUCCUGAAGAAGGAUGUAGCUAUAACUCUGACUCUUUUCCAGAACUCGAGCUUCACAUGGCACUUGCAUUAAAUCCAAGCAAAAAGAAAUGA